ACAUAUACUAAUGUGCCACAAACAGGACUUUAGUAUCACCAACCAUUCCCAUGUUAUUACGCUGUAUCCAUAUAAAUGGCCCACUCUGUACAAAGUCCUUAUUUAAUGUGUGCAAGGUGACGAGAGGAAAUGGGGCAAACGUGAGAAUGAAGAAAAGGGCGAAUGCAUUACAACAAAAUGAGAAUGAGGACACCCCUCUAACCCUACGUUAUGGAAAAGCACCUUUUAUGGUUCACCUCCCUUCCAGGCUGCUAUUUGAUUCAAAUGGGUUGGUGUGUUUUUGAUUUGUAUUGUAUGUUUUCCCUGCGCACUUACUAUAAGAAGGAAGGCAUUUCCCCCAACUUACAGAGUGCCUCAGUACUGUCCAGCAAAAGCAGAUAACAUCCAGAUAACAUGAGUGUUGUUCUUUAUACUUGACCCACUACAUGCCAAACUCAAGAGUAACUGUCCAGAAAAACCACAGUUUUGCUCAUUACACAUAAAUAACAUUGUUCAUUUGAGCAUGUGGCUGAAUAGUGUUUACUGUAUGUUUGACUGGCUGCAUGCUGAAUUUCCACUUGUAGUUAAGGACUUUCAACUCUGAAUACAAACAACUGUGUUGCUGUUUAACUAGUCGUCAAAGUCCACGUCUGUGGAGUGAGCAGAGCACCGUCACUGCACGUCUACUCAGAGUUUCGGGAACUUUGCAUUCAGCCAAAACAAAGUGUGCAGUAUGGAGCUGUGUCCUUCUCCUUUAGGCCUGGAAGAAGAAUGUGCAACUCUUUUUACCACUGACUCCCUCCACUUCCUGCAUGAGCUGAUUUCCACAUUUGAUGAGGAGGUGGACGAGAUUCUACAGCUGAGAGUGUCUAAAAAGGCCCAGCUGGAUCUCACAGGUGAUCUGCCAAGCUUCCUGGAAAGCACCAGACACAUCAGGAGAGACCCAGACUGGAAGGUCCUUCCCGUCCCCUCAAGGCUCCAAAAGAGACAUGUAGAUAUUGGAGACUUGGCACCCUGCGAUACUGAGCACUUCAUUAAAGCUCUUCUGUCACCAGCACAAGGCAUACAGGUUGACUUUGAUGAUGGAAACUGCCCGACGUAUUACAACCAGAUCAAAGGCAUUUACAAUGUUUUUAAAGCAGUGCAUAACCUGUUUCCCAAUGUUCCACAUGUAUCUCAGGCUCCCGUGCUGAUGCUGCGUCCCCGUGCGUGGAAUAUGGUGGAGCACAACAUGAUGGUGGAGGGGAAAGAAGCUCCUGGCCCGCUCUUUGACUUUGGGCUCCUCAUGUUUCACUGUGGAAAGGCACUGUUCGAACACAAGAGUGGACCCUUUUUCUACCUGUCCAAAGUGGAGGGCUACAUGGAGGCCAGACUCUGGAACAAAAUAUUUCUUUGGACACAGCAGAAGCUGGGUCUUCCUCUGGGCAGCAUCAAGGCCACAGUGCUGAUUGAAAAUGUGUUAGCAGCCUUUGAGAUGGAGGAGAUUCUCUAUGAGCUGCAAGAGCAUUCAGCAGGACUCAACUGUGGCAUCUGGGAUUACUCAGCCUCCUUUGUCAAUAAGUUUGGUCAUCGACCAGCCUUCCUGUUGCCUGACCGCCAUAAAUACGUGAACAUGGAGAAGCAUUUUCUGCACAGCUACAUGGAUCUGUUGGUUAAGACAUGUCAUCGGCGAGGAGCACUGGCCACUGGAGGCAUGGCUGCCCUGCUGCUGCCUGAAGACCCACUCAGUGACACCUACAGGAGAGUGUUGGCUUCUGUCACAAGGUUGAAGUUAUUAGAGAUUACUGCAGGUGUGGAUGGUUUCAUGGUAUAUGACCUAAAUUUGGUUGAGCCCAUGCAGAAACUCUUCAAGGUCCACACCGAAGGAGAUAACCAGCUUGACCAGCUCCGAAAUGACGUGACUGUAUUUCCUGAAGACUUGCUAUCCAUGCCUUCAGGAGGAGUCACGCUUAAUGGUUUGAAGUAUAACAUUGCAGUUGGUGUGCUCUUUAUUAAUGCUUGGCUAUCAGGUAAAGGCCACUUCUUCUACAAAGGCCAGGUUGAAGAUUCUGCCACAGCAGAAAUUUCUAGAUCGCAGGUGUGGCAGUGGGUCCGUCAUCAGACCCGGCUGGAGGACGAUGGCAGGGUGGUGAGCAGGCAGCUGGUGACUGACCUCAUCAAGGAGCUCAUCAUGGACCUCAGUCCCCACUGUGGCUCUGUUAGACAGAGGUUACACACAGCAGCAAACAUGUUCCAGGAGGUGAUCGCAAAGAGACAUUUUCCAGACUUCAUCACUACCUACCUGAACCAGGACCACACCUUCCUCAGCUCCCAGAACGCUGAACCCAUGCAAGCUCUGGACAAAGACCUGAGGCGAUCGAAACUGUGAAGCUGUGGCACUAUAUACCUCUGUGUGUGCUGGAGGGGAUAGACACAUCUGACAGCUCAGAUAUUUAAACCCUACUUGAGACUGUCCUUUAAUGGGUCACUGAACCACUAUUACCAGAUGUUUCAGGUCAAACCAUUAUGAGCUAUCGAGGUCAUCAGAUGCAAGAUGUGAGUGGGGGUUGAGGCACCUGGGAAGGGAUCUCCUUUGUCCUUUAUGUGUUUCAUGUCUGCAUGUCUUGUGUUGUCAAGUUCAUGUUGUCGUGUCUGCGUCUCAUUAUGUUUCCUGUUUUAUUUUGAAGAGGUCCUGUGUUCCUGUGUUCGAUGUGUUUAGUUUUAUGUUUCUCCUGUAACGUCGGUAUGUGCAUCUGUGUCAGCUGUUUCCCCAUGUGUUCCCUCAUUAUCUUCCUGUGUGUAUUUAGUCCGUGUGCUUUCAGGCUUUCCUUGUCUGAUCGUCUGCAGUUUUUCCAGGCCACUCAUGCUUCCAUACCACAUUGCAAUGUUUAGAGCUUUUCUUGUCUGUUUUUCUAUUCACCGGGGUUUUUCAUGGUUCAUGUUUCCUUUCUAGUUUACCCAGUUUAGGACAUUGUUUAGUUUUGCAUUUUGUUCACCAUUUUAUUUUUGUACCUUUUCCUGCCUCAAUAAAAAGCUCAUCUUCAGUUAAAGUUGAGUUGUGGUAUGACCUCACCUGGGUCCACUCUUCACACUUCACACAGUUUGCCCCGGCAGACUGGACAAAGGAGGAUUCCUCCUUCAGUCCAUCUGUCUUCUUGGUCUAAAAUGCAGACAGUACAACUCUGUAUCUAACCAAUAAAGGACAUUCUUGGAUGUCAAUGUUCACAUUUGGACUGACUGUAAUUUGUUAUUAUCAGCACAUCCUAAAAGCCUUUGUUAGGGUGCCUGGAUCGUUGACCCAGUGUUUUGUGUUGAUGGGUUUUUGAGUCUUGUUUAAUCGUGACUGUUAUGUUAUCUAGUUGAGUUGAUCUGUAUUUCUAGUUGAGGCUGUUUGUUAUUAGCUCUCGUCUCUGUGUCCUUCCCUCAGUGCUCGCCUGUGAAAUCUGUCGCCCUCCCUCUCCUCCCUCUGUUCCCUGUAGUCAGCCACAGUCUUAGUGUGUUUAAUGUGUUUCUUGUUUUAGUCUCACAGUGUGCUGCCCUGUGUGUUCCAUGUUCAGCUCUGUUUCCUCUAUCUUGUGAGUUGAUUUUGUCUUAUAUAUUGCUAUAUUUAUAUAGCAGCAAAUCACAAUCCCUCACUGACCCUGAUAAAGAUAAGUGGAAGAGGAUGGAUUGGAUUUAUUGAACAGGCCCCGCUAGUUUAGAGACUUAUUCCUCAUGAAGAACGAAACCAAGACAGAACAUCUUCAACCGCUCUUUAACUCGCUAACGAGGGAAGCCUUGGUCAGAACCAGGCAGUGGAGCAAUGCUCCUCACCUGUCUCUAGCCCAAAUCUUUCAAAGAGCAGCUUCCUCGCAGCUGUUUAUUGACAUGACAGUUACAAUACACAUCACAGCACAAGCACCUCCCACCGCAAACCCCCCAAUGGUUCUAAGACAAGGCACUGUGUGUGUGUG